AGGGGUCUGCGCGGGCCUGGGUUUGCGGCAAGCACUAGACGCCCUUCUCCACGCUUUGUGGCGGCGGGGAGUAGUUUUUUGUGGGUUGGGGGUGUAGGGGUGUUUAGCGAGCCGACACGAUUCCGAGGAAACUUAUUUUGGCCUUAGUACUGAGGGAUCUUCUGGGUCGGGGAGGAGUGACCGGAAACGAGGCCUCGCAUUUGCAGCGACCGGGGGCUUGCAGCAAGAGAGACUGGUGUGUGCAGGGAGGCCCUAGGGAAGGAAGCGGGAUGGCCUGGGCCCUGAAGCUGCCGCUGGCCGACGAGGUGAUCGAGUCCGGGCUGGUGCAGGACUUCGACGCGAGUCUGUCCGGGAUCGGUCAGGAACUGGGCGCGGGAGCCUAUAGCAUGAGUGACGUCCUUGCAUUGCCCAUUUUUAAACAAGAAGAGUCAAGUUUGCCACCUGAUAAUGAGAAUAAAAUCCUACCUUUCCAGUAUGUGCUUUGUGCUGCUACCUCUCCUGCAGUAAAACUCCAUGAUGAAACACUCACAUAUCUCAAUCAAGGACAGUCUUAUGAAAUCCGAAUGCUGGACAACAGGAAACUUGGAGAACUCCCAGAAAUCAAUGGCAAGUUAGUGAAGAGUAUAUUUCGAGUGGUAUUCCAUGACAGAAGACUGCAGUACACUGAGCAUCAACAACUUGAGGGAUGGAGAUGGAACAGGCCUGGGGAUAGAAUUCUUGAUAUAGAUAUCCCAAUGUCUGUAGGUAUAAUUGACCCCAGGGCAAAUCCAACACAACUGAAUACUGUGGAGUUCCUCUGGGACCCUGCAAAGAGGACAUCCGUGUUUAUUCAGGUACAUUGUAUCAGCACAGAGUUCACUAUGAGAAAACAUGGUGGAGAAAAGGGUGUUCCAUUCCGAGUUCAGAUUGACACCUUCAAGGAGAAUGAGAAUGGAGAAUACACUGAGCACUUGCAUUCAGCCAGCUGUCAGAUCAAAGUUUUCAAGCCCAAAGGUGCAGACAGGAAGCAAAAAACAGACAGGGAGAAAAUGGAGAAGCGAACCCCUCACGAAAAGGAAAAAUACCAACCUUCCUAUGAGACAACUAUACUCACGGAGUGCUCUCCAUGGCCUGAGAUCACAUAUGUCAAUAAUUCCCCAUCACCUGGCUUUAACAGUUCCCAUAGCAGUUUUUCAAUUGGAGAAGGGAAUGGCUCACCAAACCACCAGCCAGAACCGCCUCCUCCACUUACAGAUACUCUCCUGCCAACAACUACCCCUCAGGAAGCUCAACAGUGGCUACAUCGCAACCGAUUCUCCACCUUCUCACGACUUUUCACAAACUUCUCAGGUGCAGAUUUAUUGAAGUUAACCAGAGAUGAUGUCAUCCAAAUUUGUGGACCUGCUGAUGGAAUCCGACUCUUUAAUGCCUUAAAAGGGCGGAUGGUGAGACCCAGGCUGACAAUUUAUGUUUGCCAAGAAUCCUUGCAAGUGAGGGAGCAGCAGCAGCAGCAACAACAGCAGCAGCAGCAGCAGAAACAGGAGAAUGGAGACUCAAAUGGUGCUUUCUUUGUGUACCAUGCCAUCUAUCUGGAAGAACUGACUGCUGUUGAGCUGACAGAGAAAAUCGCUCAGCUUUUCAGUAUUUCCCCUCGUCAGAUCAGUCAGAUCUACAAACAGGGGCCAACAGGGAUCCAUGUACUCAUCAGUGAUGAGAUGAUUCAGAACUUCCAGGAAGAAGCUUGUUUUGUUCUGGACACAAUGAAAGCUGAAACCAAUGAUAGCUACCACAUCAUAUUGAAAUAGAAGGGGAACAUUCCACGCUGGGUAUCUGCUGCUUCCUUCACCUCUUGGAGACUCCCCAUCUUACAGAGGGAUGUGGAUAGAGAUUUGGAAAGCUGCAGGAGCCUGACGUGGAGGUGGGGUGGUGCUACACUCUAGAGGUGGAAUCCCAGCCCUCCUAGCACACACAGAUUUCUGUCUGGCAUGCAGUUUUGCAGCUAUUUCUUAGUUACAAUUUCUGGACUGUGUUGUUGUUGAAUAUUGAUAGAAACUUGUCACAUCAUUUAGGUUUAUGUAGGGCAUAAUGAUGAUGGGAAUUGUGUGUUUAAUUGAAAGACGUUAAAUUUUGUGAUAAUCUGGAGCCAUGUAAUUUUUUUUCUAAUAUAUAAAUAAAAAUAAAUCUAUGUUCUUUAGACCAUCCACCAACCAAUUCCCCCCAUAAUAGUCCUGCAAUCUCUGCUUUUGCUGGAGUGUAUUUGUUUCUGGAAAGCAGAAUGAUGGAAACUUUGGAUUUUUUCCCAUGUACUGUAUCCCUUUACCAUUAGAUACUUUUGCUACCAUAGGGUGAUCCUGCAGUGCUGUGGUGGUAUGCAAGUUUCCACAGAGGACUGAGGAAACAGCUGCCAAAAGUGGCCAUUACAUGAGUAGGGUCAGAGAUGGGAAAAACAAAAUAGAAGUGCUCGCUCUCUCCUUUUUUUUCUUUUUUUUUUCUUUUGGCAAUAUUACACAAUGAUGUUGGCAAGAUUUGAGCACUGACUGGACUUCCCAAAGUUAAUUUUUCUCAAUGAAGUUCUCAGAUUGUUCUUUUGAUGUAUUGGGCUUUUUUCUCUUUACCCUGUGUCUAUGCUUAUGUAGUGUUUUUGAUUGGGUACUUUUUAAGAAAGUUUCCCAUGUCAGUAGAAGGAACCCUAAACUAGAAGUCAAGACCUGGGUUCUAAUCCUUAGCUUUGCUAUGAUCUUGGGCAGCUUAAUCCUUUUGUGCUUCUCUUUCCUCAUCUAUAAAUAAGAGAUGGUAAAUAAUGUAAUCUCCAAGAUCUUUUUUAGUUCUGAAAUCCAGAAUUCUCUAUCCUGUUUGUAUUCACACCCUUCCCAUAUGUUUUUGUUCUACUUAAAAAAUGCUUGUGUCUGUGACUGGGUAUUCCUUUCUUGUUUUACAUGUAGAUUGUCAAGAUUUCCCUUUACAGAUUGAAUUAGGGCUGAAGAAGACAAUGUUCAAAGACUCUGUAUUGUAUGGGUUUGGAUUUUUUUUUUUUAAGCACUUGGAUAAAGCUUAAUUGGUUUUUAUACAAAAGAAACUUUUGUCCAUUAAAGUUAUCCUGCAAUGUAGUCUAAUUCCUUUUGGUUCAAGACAAAUUGAAAAUCUUUAAGGUAGAAGAUUAAAAUGAUUUCUUGGUAACUUCUGUAAGACUUUUACUAAAGCAGCCUGAUAUAUUAGACUGACAUGCCUUUAAGAGGAUGUCAGUCAGAUGUCCCAUUUUCUGUGGAUGGUCACAGGACAUGGACUCAAGUUUGUCAUAGCUAGAGGUUCCCUAGUAUUGGCCUCACUUCUUCCUGUGCCCUCUCAUGAUAUCUUUGUCUAGAUUACAUUGAUUGUCAUAGUUUUUUGAAGUAUUCAGAGUCUAAGAGUGCACAUGCAUCCGUGUCUCCUAAGGUGAGGCCUUCAUAUUUACUAAUAGGCUGUCUUUAUUGCCAAGAAAAUUUAUCAAGCCUCUUUUGUGUCAAUCAGAAAAAGACAGGCAUAAUGAUGAAACCUAUCAGUGCUUGAAUUGAGAUUUAAAAGAAAAUAAAUAGUUGUUUCACUGCAAUUGAAGAAAUAAAGAUGUAUGAUAGCUGUCUGGCUCUACCCCUACCUCUUCUAACCCCCCAAAAGAAAUGGAGUCUCAGUUUGCUUGACUUAAGCACUGCCUAUAGCAGUACUUUGAAAAAUGAAUAAGCUAAUUCCAGAAGAAUAUCUGUACCAUGCAGAAUAAAGACUUUUGAAUCCUU